AUGGGUUUCGGCGACUUCGACUCGAUAUGCGAGAAGGCGCCCAUCCCGCUCUGCUCGCUAGUCGGGCGCUCGAGUCUGACGUCCACCGGCACGGGCAUUCAAGCUACGUGCUAUGCGCGAUCUAUCCAGCUGGCCAACACCAUGAUCUUUGAGACUGCUGCCGACUUUAUGCACAUUCUGGCGCUCAUCAUGACCGUCAUCAUGAUUGUGCAUGUGCGCUCUAAGUUCACCGCUGUCGGCCGGAAGGAAAUCACCACCUUUUUCUACAUCUUCAUGAUGUUGACUAUAUUUUCCCUGCUACUCGAUGCGGGCGUCGUGCCUCCGGGCAGUGGCCCAUACCCGUACUUUGCCGCCGUCCAGAACGGCUUGUCGUCUGCCCUGUGCACUUGCCUGCUGAUCAAUGGGUUCGUCGGCUUCCAGCUAUACGAAGAUGGCACGACUCUGUCAGUGUGGCUGCUGCGCUUGUGCUCCGUCGGCAUGUUCAUCAUCUCUGGCGCCGUGUCACUUCUGACGUUCAAGGGCUGGGCGGGCCUGGGCCCCGACAACACCAUCGGCCUGUUUGUCGUGCUCUACCUCUUUAACGCCAUCUUCCUCUUCAUCUACGUCGUACUUCAGCUUAUGCUGGUUGUCAACACUCUUCAGGACCGCUGGCCUUUGGGCCAUAUCAUUUUCGGCGUCUUCUUCUUCGUCAUUGGACAGGUAAUCUUGUAUGUCCUCAACGACACCAUCUGUGAGGGGGCCGCGCACUACCUGGACGGAUUGUUUUUCUCUACCAUCUGCAAUCUUCUGGGCGUUAUGAUGGUCUAUAAGUACUGGGAUUCCAUCACCAAGGAGGACCUCGAGUUCAGCGUCGGUGUCAAGGCUCACACUUGGGAAGUCAAGGAGCUGCUGCCCGAGGAGGAUCGCAAGACUGGCUACUUCGACUCAGACUACAACAGCGCGUACCCACCCUCCAACCGCUACUCGCACGCCGGUUUCUAG